GGCGAGUGGUAUAAUAGAGUAGACUUAGCCUACUGAUACUGCACUGUAUAUCUGUCAAAGUGCAAGCAGCGGGGUGAGACACUGAAGAACUGGAAACAGAAAUGCUGCUGUCAAGCCGUAGACAUCUCACACUCUAAAUAGACAGCAGUUGAUGCAAACGUUUCAGUCUCAGUAGAUUGCAUAUUGUCGUACUUACCGUAGCUAAGAUUAAAUAUUUAGAUAAGGCACAGGAUUAAGGCGUUCAAUAAGCAUACGGUUAAACACGGCGAGAUACCACGACAUUUAAGCGCUUAUUUAACUUGCCUCAGUCGUACCCAAAAUGAAAUGGAACGUGUUGUCUUUGUUACAUAUUAUAACAUCAGUGACUUUUUUAACCAAGGCGCAACUGGAUGGAAGACGAUAUCUGACAGAAGGUUUUGGCCAAGUUGAAAGUUUUGAACAAGCUGUUCAGAGGAUUAAUAGUUUGAACAUCAAGUCAAAGCAGGAAUCUCUGCAACAGAUUCUGACGAAUUCUCUAGAUCACAAAGGCAUAGAUCUGGACACGAUGGCAGCGUUCUUGGGGCGCCUAAGUCAGCUUAAAGCGCUGGACGUCAACGUCUCGGAAACGUGCUUCAAUAGAACGGAACACUAUCUUGGUGGUCUGAUGACUAGGCAGAUCUGGGCCUUACGAAUGUUUGACGCUACAACCAAAUUACCGAGUGGAAUACUGGACGGGAAAAUGAUUUGGACUGGGUCCUUUGAUGAAUGCACAAAAGUGAAAGCUACUGUCCAGAUAAAAGUGAAUGGUACAGACAACACCACCCAUUUAGUCCCCACCGACCAGUUUGACGGACAGUACUGUAUGCCCACUGUCCCAGCCCCUAAAUCCAUGGCUGCUUAUGGUGUCAGCGGCAUAUAUGUUGGAAUCUGUGUACCUGCUGGAUGCAGCGAAGAAGAUGUCAAGGGUCUGGUUAACACAUUUUUGGCAGUUCUUGGGGUGAAAGAAGGUGGAGUUUCAAAUGUCAAUUGUGCACAAGUUGACAAAACGUGGACUUCAGAUGCCAUUGCUGUCGUGUGCGUAACUGGGGCUUUUGUACUCCUGGUUGCCAUAGCAACUAUUUAUGACGUGGUCAUCCAGCAUAAGGAAUCCCCGGAACCCACCGUGAUAUCAGUUCCUUACGGUGGGCAGAAUAUAACAGCCAAUGGCAGCGUAGGUGACCAUUCACUGCGGGUGGAUGAUUACACACAGUUGGUCAAUAAUACAGCCAAUCCUUACGUGAAGAAAGUAAAUCAAGCAGGAACACUUAGCAAGGUUAUCCUAGCGUUUUCCGUGUACACGAACGGUGCCAAAGUUCUGAACACCAAGCAAGGCAGUGGCGCUCUCACUUGUGUCAACGGAAUACGGUUUCUGAGUCUCUCCUGGGUUAUUUGGGGACACUCGUACGCUUUUUGUUUUACAUUCGUAGGAAACAUAGGACCUAUUUUUGAAGAAUACAAGAACAGUUGGACUAUGCAGCCACUGUGGUCUGGAACUUUUUCUGUAGAUACGUUUUUUGUUAUGAGCGGUCUUCUUGUCACAUAUCUAACACUGAGAGAGAUGAAGAAGGGGAGUGGUAGAUUCAGGGUCAACUGGGGACUAUAUUAUUUCCACAGAUUCUGGAGAUUGACUCCUCCGUAUAUGUUAGUAAUGAUGGUGUAUGUUCCCACUUUCUAUCUCUGGGGGAAUGGCCCAGGGUGGCCAAAAGGUGGAAUUGAUCCCAACUGUAAGAACUACUGGUGGGCAAAUAUCUUGUACAUCAACAAUUUACUUGAUAUGUCGAAAAUGUGCAUGGGUUGGUCCUGGUAUCUAGCCAAUGACAUGCAGUUCUUUGUUAUCAGUCCUCUAAUUCUGUUUCCUCUGUUUUGGAAAGAGCUGAUAGGUCUAGUCAUCCUACUGAUACUUCUUCUAGGGAGUUUUAUUGCGACAGGUGUGCUAGCCAAUGUGAACCACCUUGAGCCGUCUAGCCAGUAUAGUCAGCAAUCGCAGGAAUACAUGGAGAUACUAUACAUGAAGCCCUGGACGAGGAUAGGACCUUAUCUUGUCGGGAUGGUCGCGGGAUAUAUAUUAUACGUCACGGAGUGUAAACCUAAACUAAACUGGGUGACAGCAUUAUUGGGAUGGGCAGUGGCUACAGCAGCAGGUCUGGCAGUGGUGUACGGUCUACAUGACGUGUAUCAGGGCCAUCCACUGAGUAACGACGUUAGUGCUUUAUAUAUCACUGUCUCAAGAACGGUGUGGGGUGCCUGUGUAGCCUGGGUGAUAUAUGCCUGCUGUACUGGAUAUGGAGGUUUUGUCAACACGUUGAUGUCAUGGGGUGCUUUUGUCCCCCUGGGUCGUCUGACGUACUGUGCGUAUCUCGUCCAUCCGGUAAUCAUGUACUUCGUGUAUAUGUCUAGGAGAACGCUAAUCUACGCGACAGACGUAUCCAUGACGUACUUCUUCUUCGGCCACUUGGUAGCAGCCUAUGGCUGUGCAUUUGUGGUAUCUAUGAUGUUUGAGGCUCCGAUGAUGGGACUGGAGAAGGCUAUAUUAAACAGAGACAAAUCAGCUUAGGGAAAAUUGGGAGUUAUUAUUAAUAUAAGUAGUGAUGCCAAAUUGCAUUUCAGUAAAACGUCGUGAACUUUUUUUCCAUCAGAGACAUAUCAGUCUUUUUAUAAAGGUCCUUACAAAGAAACUUUCUUAAGUGUAUAUCAAUAUGUUAUUAUCAAACUAUCAAUUAACAGAUGUUUGGCUAAUUCAGUGUGGAUGCAUAGCACAAGAAAACACAAAUUAGAACAAAUGGUUGGAGCGCAAUACAAUGCAUAUAAUAAGACCACAUGAACAAGUGGUUAUACGGGUCAUCUAGACGGCACGAGCACCAUGAUUAUCUAUCAAAAUACUUUUUUGGUACACACAGGCAAGAGAAAUGGAAUAUGAGUUACAACAUUCAGUGGAAUUAAUCGACUGGUUUAAUUUGAAACAAAGCCAUUUUUUAUAAAGUGAAAACAAUUACAACAAUAACAAUGAUAUAUUUAUAACAAUUAA